AUGGGCUGGCUCAGCUCGACCCGGCAGGGCUUGUUUACUAUGGCUGAUGAUCUGGAGCAGCAGCCUCAAGGCUGGCUGAGCAGCUGGCUGCCCACUUGGCGCCCCACUUCCAUGUCUCAGCUGAAGAAUGUGGAAGCCAGGAUCCUCCAGUGCCUCCAGAACAAGUUCCUGGCCCGAUAUGUGUCCCUCCCAAACCAGAACAAGAUCUGGACGGUGACAGUGAGCCCUGAGCUCAGGGACCGCACGCCCCUGGUGAUGGUGCAUGGCUUUGGGGGCGGCGUGGGCCUCUGGAUCCUCAACAUGGAUUCACUGAGCGCCCGCCGCACUCUGCACACCUUCGAUCUGCUCGGCUUUGGGCGAAGCUCUAGGCCAACGUUCCCGAGGGACCCAGAGGGGGCCGAGGAAGAGUUUGUGACCUCGAUAGAGACGUGGCGGGAGACCAUGGGGAUCCCCAGUAUGAUCCUCCUGGGGCACAGUCUGGGAGGAUUCCUGGCCACUUCCUACUCAAUCAAGUACCCUGACAGAGUUAAACACCUCAUCCUGGUGGACCCAUGGGGCUUUCCCCUCCGACCAACUGACCCCAGUCAGAUCCGUGCACCCCCGACCUGGGUCAAGGCUGUGGCCUCUGUCCUAGGGCGUUCCAAUCCACUGGCUGUUCUUCGAGUAGCUGGGCCCUGGGGGCCCAGCCUGGUACAGCGAUUCCGACCAGACUUCAAGCGCAAGUUUGCAGACUUCUUUGACGAUGAUACUAUAUCGGAGUAUAUCUACCACUGCAAUGCCCAGAAUCCCAGCGGGGAGACGGCAUUCAAAACCAUGAUGGAGUCCUUUGGCUGGGCCCGGCGACCCAUGUUAGAGCGAAUUCACUUGAUUCAAAAAGAAAUGCCCAUCACCAUGAUCUAUGGGGCCAACACCUGGAUAGACACCAGCACGGGAAAAAAGGUGAAGCUGCAGCGGCCGGAUUCCUACGUCCGAGACGUGGAGAUCGAGGGCGCCUCACACCACGUGUACGCGGACCAGCCACACGUCUUCAACGCAGUGGUGGAGGAGAUCUGCGACUCGGUUGAUUGA